CAACCUCCAUGAGAUCCUUUUGUGCAGGAAUAAAUCGAGUACUUGCACGAUCGUUAUGUAACCCAGCAGUCAGCAGCAAUCGCACAAUAACAGUAUGUGUAACAAUCUGUGUUAAGAUUUGAUCCUAAAUUCGUCCUCAUUAUUCGCCAUAUGGUGCUGUUCGUUGUGUAACCUUUUAACUCCUUCGACUUCGUGACCACGAAUAUUCUGCCAGUUUGUGUGUGCACAUGGUUUAGAAAUGUUGAAAUAACAUUUUAAAAAUGUUUUAAAACACAUUAUGGUAUCCUUGUUUAAUUAUUUAUGUUAAUUUUUGUGAAGCGAAACAGAAAGUGUAAUAUUUUAAUAUGUUAACAAUAGUCCAUCCUAUUGCCUCGUUGUACAUUAUCAUUAUGUAUACAAUGAUGUACAGUGCUAUGCGAGUAUCAGUAAUACUUCAUUGCUUUUAUUUCAUCAACAUGUGCAGAAUUAGGUCAACUCCUUCAUUUUUAUGUAAUAUCACACAUAUUGACCCAGUAUCUGAGUAUAUUGUCAGAACUAAGCUUACGUUUAUUACUGUGAGGACCAGGUUGGGAUGAUAUUGAUGAGAUAUUUGCCAUUAUACCUAUGAGAUUGAGGCUGACAUCAGUUGAUUCCCUUGUCCAAAGAUAUGAAAGGGGAGAGAAUUCCAUCUGUGGACUUGUAUGAAGAUUCUCCCGCAGAACCACUGAAUGCACAGGAAUUAUUCAAAGGAAAGAAAGGAGUUUUGUUUGCAGUGGUAGGAGCCUUCACGCCCGGCUGUUCAGAGAAACACAUUCCAGAAUAUUUGAAUAAUUAUGAUAAAUUCAAGGAGGAGGGCUAUGAUAUGAUUUGCUGCUUGGCUGUCAAUGAUCCUUUUGUAAUGUCAGCUUGGGGAGACAAAUUGAAGACCAGAGGAAAGAUUAGAAUGCUGGCAGAUCCUCAGGGAAAAUUUACCAAAGCAAUGAAGAUGGAUUUGGACUGUACGAAGCUACUGGGAAAUAUCAGGUCAAAAAGAUAUGCUCUUGUGAUAGAAGACAGUGUCAUUAAAAGUAUCAACACGGAACCGGAUCACACUGGAUUAGCCUGUUUGCUGUGCAUCAGAAACUUUAGGUCUUCCCCGUCUGUGAAUGCCACUUGAUACAUUAUAUUAGAAUGACUUUUGAGUGAAUGUUUAAGUUGGAAAUUGAGAGAAGUGAGUUUACGUACUGUCAUGCAUUGGGAAGUGAGAGAAAUUCAGAGUCUGGAGAAAACAAUGGUCCAUGUGCAACCAUCACUUAACACUCAGUGAUAUUAAAUUCUCGGAUUCUCUUACUGGUUUUCUAUUAUAUUUAUACACAUAUUAUUUCCUGUUGCAAGGUCAUUUUUGUGGGUGGAAGAUAUUUGAAAAUAGUUUGUUUACUUGUAAAUCCAUUUUGUUUUGCAUUUCCUUUGUUGUGUAGAACUACAAUAAAUUUGUGUCGGAAAUUUUGGACACACUGUUACACAGAU